UGGAGGAAAGGCGGUGAGAAGAGAUGGGGUGGAGUGAAGGGAGCAGAGCCAAGGAUGGAAACUGGCUGCAGAGAUGAAGCCAAAUUCCUCCCUUGCCUUCCAUCUGCACUGGCUCCAGGGGCCCUUUGCUGUCAGUGGUGAUGCCCGGCUGGCAGGGGCGCAGAGGGGACUUUUCUCCUGCGGGGUUCAACAGCCCCUGAGACCUGUUUUGGCCAGUGCUAGAAGAGAGUGGCUGGAGAUCAAGCUGGGCAUAGGGCAAUGCAGUGUGCAAGUUACCAAGGUGUCCCACAGCACACCAGUACCGCAAGAGACGGACAACCACAGCAUUUCCAUCUUCUACGCUGAAUCCCGUCCCUGCCAAGCUGUGUGCUGGGAUCACAGGGCAGCAAAAGACCAGCAGGUUGAACUCUCCAGCCUUGCUUGUCCUCUGCAGGGUUUGUUAUUGUAAGACUCCUGGCCCAAAUGAGGAGCAAAUGGGGACGGUAAUGAGGGCUGUUGCUCGUGCCGUGCCCCCUCCCGUUCCCCGGCUGCUGCAGAUGGACUGGGGCAGGGAGGGCCCCUGGUGACAAAUUGUGCUCAGAGCCAAGCCAAUCCUGGCCAAUGUUUGGACACUGCUGGCAGAGCUACAGCAGGGACCAUUUGCUAUUUUCUUUCCUUGUCUCAAACUGAAACUCUCCCAGGAUCGGGGGGUGACCUGCCUGCAAGUGGCACCUCGCAUCAAGUGCCCAGUCAGGAGCAGCACGAGGGGUGGGAUGCAUAGAGGUAUGACCUUUGCAUCCUCCUACUGAGAAUCCUUCCUGCACCUCCUGAUACUGUCUGCAUCCCAGAGAGCCUAGGGAGAUCAUUGGCAAACACUGCAGCAGUAAAUUAUGGAAUCAUAGAAUUAUUUGGGCUGGAAAAGACCUUCAAAGACCAUCUAAUCCAAUUGCUCUGCUGCGGGCAUGGACAUCGCUUUAGCAGAUCAUACUGAACCAUUCUGCUGGGAGGGGACAGCCAGCUCUGAGUUGUGCUACUGCUUUUGGUUGCCAGCUUUGUGCUGCAGCUGUGCCCAGCCCUGCAAGGCUAAAGCUUGGGGAGAAGCUGCCUUGUGUCUGUGUCCCACUCACCUUGGGACUGGUGACAUCACACUGUCACCAUCAUGCCAUCCUCAUCCCCUGCCCGUCGUGAUGCUCCAGCACUCCUGAUCAAUUCCCCAAAUCCCCUCUCCCUUAUGCAAAUGGCUACUAAGAACACUUAAUCAUCCUUGUUAAUUGUCUUUGCCCUACCCUGUUUCCCCCCACACCCCCCUGAGCCCUCCUGGGGACUUUCUCACAAAUGGUGUCUAACUUUUCCCUUCUGUGUUUUGCUUUUCCACAACACCCUGCUUCCAGUCCCCCCCAGCCCUCUGUUUACACAACUGGGACAAAUUUCACACCCUGGGGACUGCUACCCCUGAGCCCCCAGUCCAACACUCUCCUGCCACAAAGAAUUUGUGAGUCACUGGUGAGGGCACAGCUAUAUAUAAAGCUAUCCUCACAAAGGACCUCCAGCCUUGGAGGGGACACCGUUGCCACCAUGGAAGCUGCUGCCUGUUGCCUGCCUCUCCACCGGCUCCCGUUGCCCACAGCUGGUGCUUGCCCAGCCCCGGGGCUGCAGCAGAGGGGAAGACCCAAGCCACUCUGGAGACCAUGGCUGCCCCAGGAGGAAUUCAUGACCAGGCAGCAGAGGGAACAGAUGGACACUGCUCAUCGCCUCGAUGCUGCAGGAGACCACAGCACUGACAAAGCGCUAGCACUGUUCCGCCAUCCGGUCAGGCUCCUGUGGCCCAAAUCCAGGUGCUUUGACUAUCUGUACAGCGUGGGGGAGAAGCUGCUGGAUAACUUCCCGGUGCAGGCCACGCUGUGCCUCUACGAUGACUCAGACAGCGAGGGGGAUGAGACAGAAGAUGACGAUGAAGAUGGGGAUGAAGGGAACGAAGGCGAGGCCGGAGGCGCUGUGCCCGCGCUAGGGGCAGGCUCCCCGCGGCCGGCCUGAACGCAGCACA